AUGGACCGUCUCACUGACAAACCGAAUUGGAGGAAGAAGGUCUGGGAUGAGGAGAUUGUGAACAAGUGGCGUGAGGAAGCGAAAAUCAUUCCGGACAUUAAGUGGUGGAAUAUUGCUACGAAGGGCAAAGGCCGAUUUGAGGAACAACCACAGGAAGAAGACGAAAUUGAGAGUUAUCAUCCCUAUCAGUUCCAUAGAUGUCAAUUGGAAGGUGUCGUGAACGAUAAUACCUUCGAUUGUAGCAUCAAGGAACUCCGAAGCAAAGCAAGCUAUUUCGAUAAAACCGGUAUCGUAGUUACGAUGGAUGCGUGCGCAUCUGUUGCGAAGUCCGAUAGCCUGAUUCCAUCUGAACUCCACGACGAACUAUGCGAAGCAUCUCGCAAAUUAAUAGCUGACCAGUCGCACGCCCCGGAUUGGCACCCCAACUCGAAAGACAUGGUCCUAGACCUAGUGCACCCAUCAAUGUACCCUUUGAUCUAUGGGCGCAGCAAAGUGUUCAGGGAAGAGCUUGUUGGUAUCGAUGAUGCAGUCUCUAAAUGGUCUGGCAAGGGCGACGUCAUUGCAAAAGACAAACGGACAUAUGAUGAAGAGCGAGAUGAGCACAACUACCGUAUCGGUGGCAGCAUUCAUCCGAAGUACUGGAAUGACACGUAUCAGUGGCUUCCAGCGAAUCUGUCAUUCCAAGACGAUGGUGCGGUGAAAUUCACCAGCUACAUCAACAACCUUCAUCCUCAGAAAUAUGGUGGGAUGUAUCAUACUAUCGAAAAGCUGAUCGAGACUGCACUUCCUCUUUGGGACCAGUGCCUCAACCCUGAUGUUCUCACGAAUGUGGAUCGGGAGCAUGAAGACUACGCUGGUGGCGCAGAAAAUUGGAUUCCAUCUGAUCCACAGGAACUCGCCCACAUCAAGGUGAACUGGGACGAAGUUCGUUUGCGGGACUUCCCGACCCGGCACGCAGAUGACGACAAUGAGUUAAAGUGGAUAUUGCUCAGAAAAGCUCGCAUGCCUGAAGCUGAGUAUAAAGACGUCGAGCACGCGCCAAAGGAGGGCACGCGACUUUUUGACAAAUUCCGCGACAUAGGCCUUCAAGUCAUUGUCAAGAUGGUAUCUAUCGAACUUACGCCAGAGAAACCGGACUUCCCCGCUGGUGGGUGGCAUGUCGAAGGGCAGAUGAACGAACACAUCUGCGCAACUGCGCUUUACUAUCUCGACUCCGAAAAUGUUACAACGAGCAGCCUCUCGUUCCGCAUGCAGACUGAUGCAUACAUGACUGAUGAAUACAGUGUCGGCCAGCAGGCGUACUCUUGGCUGGAGCAGAUUUGGGGCACUGAGCUCAGUUAUCAAGGAGCUUGCUUGCAAAAUUAUGGUAGCGUAGAAACGCACCACGGAAGACUACUGGCUUUCCCAAACGUAUUCCAACAUCGCGUCUCGCCCUUCUCUUUGGCAGAUAAGACUCGGCCAGGUCAUCGUCGUUUUAUCGCGCUCUGGCUUGUCGACCCUCACCAGCGCAUCAUCUCCACGGCCAACGUUCCGCCUCAGCAGCAAGACUGGUGGCUCAGUUCAGUCUCCGGUGACGACAUGGAGUCCCGCGACACAGCCCCAGGCCAGGUACCAGCCGAAGUCUUGUCUCUUAUGGAGAAGAUGUCACUCGAUUCUCCUUCGUUGGCUAAGGAGGGCAAACUUCCGCCUGAGCUUAUGGAGAUGGCAUGGGAGCACUUCAAGACCUCCGAAGAUAAGGUUUUGUUGAGCGAAGAAGAGGCGAAGGAGCAUAGGGUGAAGCUGAUGAAGAUGAGGACAGCGUUCGUGGAUCAUAGCGAGGAGAUGUGGCAUAAGCACACUUACAGUUUCUGUGAGCAUUGA